CUGGCAUUUAGGGUUCUUGCGAUGGAGUAAGUGUGUCGUGUUUUCUCUCGAUGGAUCUCGGCGAUGAGCUGCUGCGCGCCCGCGUCGGCGCCGCAAGGACGGCUAUCGAGGCGCUGUCGGUGGGGAAGAUCAUGGCGGAUUGCCGCAGGAGUUUGUCGAAGCUGGGAGCGCUCGAGGAGAGAUCCGGCCCUCCCGACAGCUCGAAUUUCGGGCAUUUCGAGGCAUUGAUCCAACUUCUCCAGCACCCCUACGUGAGUGGGAUCUGCGGCGUCAACAAGAGCUUUCUAGGAUCGCCAUCGUCUCGAGCUCACGUCGAUCUGGUGGGGAUGUACGAUGGGAAACCGGCAUGGAUGGUGGUGUCGGAUCGAAAUCCCAAGCACGUUUCAUGGCCGGAGCUCCGAUCCAGGGCAGAAAUCCUCGUCCAGGCAGCGGUGGCGAAUCCAGUCACUCGACCCGACUUCCUCAUCUUCUACUUCGCCAGGGGCGUCGAGAGGGGCGUGGCCGAGAGCUUCAAGUCGGAGUUUAGCGAGUACCAGAUCGAAGUGGACGAUCUUCACAAGUUUAGCGAGGUUGAGGCUGGGGAGUGGCUCUUGGUCGACGAGGAUCAGGAAGAGGAAUCGCUGAGCAGUAGCUGGAUCUCUCUUCCAGUCAAGGCAGCGGUCAUGUAUCGGCUCAAGGUAGCUCCGGCGAGCGUCUUCGAGGGAGAGGUUAUCAACGCAAACGAAUACACAGAGUCUAUAGUCGGGAUCGUGGAGCACGGCUUGGAGGAGAGUGGCUUCUACAGGAUUUUGAAGGACGUGAGUAGGGAUUGGGGUGGCCGGAGUGAGAGAGUCGAGCUCGUGAAUCUCGAUACCACGGCUUUGAUCGGGCUUGUCUGUGGGAUCAGCAAUGGUGUCGCAUCGUCUCUGGCGUGGUGCUCUGUCAAGCAGCUGCAAAAGAAGUACUCGAGUUUUGGUCACUUCUUUAAGACGCAGGCACUGCUUGAGCUGGAAAGGCCCUUUUUGCGCGAAGUUGCGAUGAUUUUCAAAGAGAGGCAACCGAUGGUCUCCCAGUUUGCCUGGAAGGAGUUCGAUUCAAUCGUCUCAGUGAUCGGUGGCCCGGACGAGCAGAGAAGAGCGGCAGCUCUUCACGAUUGCUUGAAGCCUUUUAUCGUUCCAGACAAUCCCUCCGAGAGGGUGAUGGCGCUCCCACAAACUGGGAGGAUCCAUGGAAAACACAAGAUAGUUUUUGGAACGGGUGAUAGCUCUCAAGCUCCAACGCUCACUUCCAACAUCUCUUUCGUUCGGGCGGCCAUAGCCAAAGGCAUGGCUCUUGGCUUUAUAGAGCACAGGCCAUUGGCUCUCACAAGAGACUAAACAAUCCACCAAAGAGAUGCUGUAAAUAUUUCGUUCCUUUGGCUGACACGUCCAUUAGCUUU